UCCUUGAAGAGGUGGGGUUUCAGGUGUCUCCGGAAGGUGGUGAUUGACUCCGCUGUCCUGGCGUCGUGAGGGAGUUUGUUCCACCAUUGGGGUGCCAGAGCAGCGAACAGUUUUGACUGGGCUGAGCGGGAACUGUACUUCCUCAGUGGUAGGGAGGCGAGCAGGCCAGAGGUGGAUGAACGCAGUGCCCUUGUUUGGGUGUAGGGCCUGAUCAGAGCCUGAAGGUACUGAGGUGCCGUUCCCCUCACAGCUCCGUAGGCAAGCACCAUGGUCUUGUAGCGGAUGCGAGCUUCAACUGGAAGCCAGUGGAGAGAGCGGAGGAGCGGGGUGACGUGAGAGAACUUGGGAAGGUUGAACACCAGACGGGCUGCGGCGUUCUGGAUGAGUUGUAGGGGUUUAAUGGCACAGGCAGGGAGCCCAGCCAACAGCGAGUUGCAGUAAUCCAGACGGGAGAUGACAAGUGCCUGGAUUAGGACCUGCGCCGCUUCCUGUGUGAGGCAGGGUCGUACUCUGCGGAUGUUGUAGAGCAUGAACCUACAGGAACGGGCCACCGCCUUGAUGUUAGUUGAGAACGACAUGGUGUUGUCCAGGAUCACGCCAAGGUUCUUAGCGCUCUGGGAGGAGGACACAAUGGAGUUGUCAACCGUGAUGGCGAGAUCAUGGAACGGGCAGUCCUUCCCCGGGAGGAAGAGCAGCUCCGUCUUGCCGAGGUUCAGCUUGAGGUGGUGAUCCGUCAUCCACACUGAUAUGUCUGCCAGGCAUGCAGAGAUGCGAUUCGCCACCUGGUCAUCAGAAGGGGGAAAGGAGAAGAUUAAUUGUGUGUCGUCUGCAUAGCAAUGAUAGGAGAGACCAUGUGAGGUUAUGACAGAGCCAAGUGACUUGGUGUAUAGCGAGAAUAGGAGAGGGCCUAGAACAGAGCCCUGGGGGACACCAGUGGUGAGAGCGCGUGGUGAGGAGACAGAUUCUCGCCACGCCACCUGGUAGGAGCGGCCUGUCAGGUAGGACGCAAUCCAAGCGUGGGCCGCGCCGGAGAUGCCCAACUCGGAGAGGGUGGAGAGGAGGAUCUGAUGGUUCACAGUAUCGAAGGCAGCCGAUAGGUCUAGAAGGAUGAGAGCAGAGGAGAGAGAGUUAGCUUUAGCAGUGCGGAGUGCCUCCGUGAUACAGAGAAGAGCAGUCUCAGUUGAAUGACUAGUCUUGAAAUCUGACUGAUUUGGAUCAAGAAGGUCAUUCUGAGAGAGAUAGCAGGAGAGCUGGCCAAGGACGGCACGUUCAAGAGUUUUGGAGAGAAAAGAAAGAAGGGAUACUGGUCUGUAGUUGUUGACAUCGGAGGGAUCGAGUGUAGGUUUUUUCAGAAGGGGUGCAACUCUCGCUCUCUUGAAGACGGAAGGGACGUAGCCAGCGGUCAAGGAUGAGUUGAUGAGCGAGGUGAGGUAAGGGAGAAGGUCUCCGGAAAUGGUCUGGAGAAGAGAGGAGGGGAUAGGGUCAAGCGGGCAGGUUGUUGGGCGGCCGGCCGUCACAAGACGCGAGAUUUCAUCUGGAGAGAGAGGGGAGAAAGAGGUCAAAGCACAGGGUAGGGCAGUGUGAGCAGAACCAGCGGUGUCGUUUGACUUAGCAAACGAGGAUCGGAUGUCGUCGACCUUCUUUUCAAAAUGGUUGACGAAGUCGUCUGCAGAGAGGGAGGAGGAGGGGGGAGGGGGAGGAGGAUUCAGGAGGGAGGAGAAGGUGGCAAAGAGCUUCCUAGGGUUAGAGGCAGAUGCUUGGAAUUUAGAGUGGUAGAAAGUGGCCUUAGCAGCAGAGACAGAAGAGGAAAAUGUAGAGAGGAGGGAGUGAAAGGAUGCCAGGUCCGCAGGGAGGCGAGUUUUCCUCCAUUUCCGCUCGGCUGCCCGGAGCCCUGUUCUGUGAGCUCGCAAUGAGUCGUCGAGCCACGGAGCGGGAGGGGAGGACCGAGCCGGCCUGGAGGAUAGGGGACAUAGAGAGUCAAAGGAUGCAGAAAGGGAGGAGAGGAGGGUUGAGGAGGCAGAAUCAGGAGAUAGGUUGGAGAAGGUUUGGGCAGAGGGAAGAGAUGAUAGGAUGGAAGAGGAGAGAGUAGCGGGGGAGAGAGAGCGAAGGUUGGGACGGCGCGAUACCAUCCGAGUAGGGGCAGUGUGGGAAGUGUUGGAUGAGAGCGAGAGGGAAAAGGAUACAAGGUAGUGGUCGGAGACUUGGAGGAGAGUUGCAAUGAGGUUAGUGGAAGAACAGCAUCUAGUAAAGAUGAGGUCAAGCGUAUUGCCUGCCUUGUGAGUAGGGGGGGAAGGUGAGAGGGUGAGGUCAAAAGAGGAGAGGAGUGGAAAGAAGGAGGCAGAGAGGAAUGAGUCAAAGGUAGACAUGGGGAGGUUAAAGUCACCCAGAACUGUGAGAGGUGAGCCGUCCUCAGGAAAGGAGCUUAUCAAGGCAUCAAGCUCAUUGAUGAACUCUCCAAGGGAACCUGGAGGGCGAUAAAUGAUAAGGAUGUUAAGCUUGAAAGGGCUGGUAACUGUGACAGCAUGGAAUUCAAAGGAGGCGAUAGACAGAUGGGUAAGGGGAGAAAGAGAGAAUGACCACUUGGGAGAGAUGGGAUCCCGGUGCCACCACCCCGCUGACCAGAAGCUCUCGGGGUGUGCGAGAACACGUGGGCAGACGAAGAGAGAGCAGUAGGAGUAGCAGUGUUAUCUGUGGUGAGCCAUGUUUCCGUCAGUGCCAAGAAGUCGAGGGACUGGAGGGACGCAUAGGCUGAGAUGAGCUCUGCCUUGUUGGCCGCGGAUCGGCAGUUCCAGAGGCUACCGGAGACCUGGAACUCCACGUGGGUCGUGCGGGCUGGGACCACCAGGUUAGGGUGGGCGCGGCCACGCGGUGUGAAGCGUUUGUAUGGUCUGUGCAGAGAGGAGAGAACAGGGAUAGACAGACACAUAGUUGACAGGCUACAGAAGAGGCUACGCUAAAGCAAAGGAGAUUAGAAUGACAAGUGGGCUAGACGUCUCGAAUGUUCAGAAAGUUAAGCUUACGUUGCAAAAAAAUCUGAUCUGAUUGACUAAAAUGAUAUAGUACUGCUGGCUGGUGAAGUAGCCUGGCUAGCAGUGGCUGCGUUGUUGAAAGUGAAGCUGGCUAGGUGACCUCGACAAUUUCUCUAAAUUUCUCUAAACUACACAAUUAUCAUGGAUACAAGGACAGCAAAGACAACUAGCUAACACUACGCUAAUCAAGUCGUUCCGUUGUAAUGUAAGUUUCUACAGUGCUGCUAUUCGGUAGAAGUUGGCUAGCUAGCAGUGUUAGCUAGCAGUGUUGGCUAGGUAGGAGGACGGCAGCGCGGCAGGCGAAAAUAGCUGGCUAGCUAACCGAUAAUUACUCAAAGCUACACAAUUAUCUUAGAUACAAAGAUAGCAAAGAAAACUAUGUAGCUAGCUAACACUACACAAAUCAAGUCGUUCCGUUGUAAUGUAAUCGUUUCUACAGUGCUGCUAAUCGGUGGCUAGCUGGCUAGCUAGCAGGGUUGACUACGUUACGUUACGUUACGUUAGGACGAGAAUACCUGGCUAGCGAACCUCAGUGAACCUCGAUAACUACACAAUUAUCUUUGAUACAAAGACGGCUAUGUAGCCAGCUAAGUAGCUAGCUAAGAUCAAACAAAUCAAAGAUAGCAAAGACAACUGUGUAGCCAGCUAACACUACACUGAUCAAGUCGUUCCGUUGUAAUGCACUCGUUUCUACAAUGCUGCUAUUCGGUGACAAGCUGGCUAGCUAGCAGUGUUGGCUACGUUGCGUUACGUUAGGACGAAAAUAGCUGGCUAGCAAACCUCAAUAACUACACAAUUAUGUUUGAUACAAAGACGGCUAUGUAGCUAGCUAAGAUCAAACAAAUCAAACCGUUGUACUGUAAUGAAAAUGAAAAUCAGACCGUUGUACUAUAAUGAAAUGUAAUGAAAAGUUAUACUACUAUUCGGUAGACGGUGGACGUUUGCUAGCUGGCUAGCUGCUGGGCAGAUAGCAGUGUGGACUACGAUAGACGACGAAAUACGAUAAUUACGCAAUUAUCUUUGAUACACAGACGGUUAUGUAGCUAGCUAAGAAGAAAUUGCUAAGGUUGGACAAAUUAAACCGUUGUACUAUAAUGAAAUGUAAUGAAAAGUUAUAUUACCUGCAGAGCGAAUGCAAAUGCGGCCGAUUUGUUUUUAUUUAUUUGUAAUAAUGAAAAUUACAACAAUACUGAAUGAACACUUAUUUUAACUUAAGAUAAUACAUCAAUAAAAUCAAUUUAGCCUCAAAUAAAUAAUGAAACAUGUUCAAUUUGGUUUAAAUAAUGUAAAAACAAAGUGUGGGAGAAGAAAGUAAAAGUGCAAUAUGUGCCAUGUAAGAAAGCUAACGUUUAAUUUCCUUGCUCAGAACAUGAGAACAUAUGAAAGCUGGUGGUUCCUUUUAACAUGAGUCUUCAAUAUUCCCAGGUAAGAAGUUUUAGGUUGUAGUUAUUAUAGGAAUUAUAGGACUAUUUCUCUCUAUACCAUUUGUAUUUCAUUAACCUUUGACUAUUGUAUGUUCUUAUAGGCACUUUAGUAUUGCCAGUGUAACAGUAUAGCUUCCAUCCCUCUCCUCGCUCCUACCUGGGCUCGAACCAGGAACACAACGACAACAGUCACCCUCGAAGCAGCGUUACCCAUGCAGAGCAAGGGGAAUAACUACUCCAAGUUUCAGAACGAGUGACGUUUGAAACGCUAUUAGCGCGCACCCCACUAACUAGCUAGCCAUUUCACAUCGGUUACACCAGCCUAAUCUCGGGAGUUGAUAGGCUUGAAGCACAGCGAAGAGCUUCUAGCAAAAUGCAGGAAAGUGCUGUUUGAAUGAAUGCUUACGAGCCUGCUGCUGCCUACCACCGCUCAGUCAGACUGCUCUAUCAAAUCAUAGACUUAAUUAUAACAUAAUAACACACAGAAAUACGAGCCUUAGGUCAUUAAUAUGGUCGAAUCCGGAAACUAUCAUCUCGAAAACAAGACGUUUAUUCUUUCAGUGAAGUACGGAACCGUUACGUAUUUUAUCUAACGGGUGGCAUCCAUAAGUCUAAAUAUUCCUGUUACAUUGCACAACCUUCAAUGUUAUGUCAUAAUUACGUAAAAUUCUGGCAAAUUAGGCGGCCCAAACUGUUGCAUAUACACUGACUAUGCGUGCAAUGAACGCAAGAGAAGUGACACAAUUUCACCUGGUUAAUAUUGCCUGCUAACCUGGAUUUAUUUUAGCUAAAUAUGCAGGCUUAAAAAUAUAUACUUCUGUGUAUUGAUUUUAAGAAAGGCGUUGAUGUUUAUGGUUAGGUACACAUUGGAGCAACGAUACGCACCGCAUCGAUUAUAUGCAACGCAGGACACGCUAGAUAAACUAGUAAUAUCAUCAACCAUGUGUAGUUAACUAGUGAUUAUGAUUGAUUGAUUGUUUUUUAUAAGAUAAGUUUAAUGCUAGCUAGCCACUUACCUUGGCUUCUAAUGCAUUCGCGUAACAGGCAGGCUCCUUGUGGAGUGCAAUGUAAUCAGGUGGUUAGAGCGUUGGACUAGUUAACUGUAAGGUUGCAAGAUUGAAUCCCCCGAGCUGACAAGGUAAAAAUCUGUCGUUCUGCCCCUGAACGAGGCAGUUAACCCACCGUUCCUAGGCCGUCAUUGAAAAUAAGAAUUUGUUCUUAACUGACUUACCUAUUUAAAUAAAGAUGAAAUAAAGGUGUAAAAAAAAUCAGUGUCCAAAAAUACCGAUUCCCGAUUGAUAUGAAAACUUGAAAUCGUCCCUAAUUAAUCGGCCAUUCCGAUUAAUCGGUCGACCUCUAGUCAGGACCUGUGCUUUUUGACGUGGCUGGGUCAGUCUGUUUAAAAUGCAUUAGGCCUGGGUCGACAGGGCAGGGAGCAUGGCCCCUCUUUUCUGGAGGACAAAGACCCUUGAAAUUGGUGACAGCAGAGGUGGAUAAGGUGGCUGACCUGUGACCUUAGGUUUGCUGUGUUCAGUCAGAGGUGGUGGAGGAGGAGUGUGUGUGUGUGUGUGUGGUGUCUAGAUGGGUUGUUCCUGCCGCUGAACACAUAGUGUGAUCAGAGAGACACUGAAAUAGAUUUUGGAUUGCUUCAAAUGAUCUUUUUUGAGGCAAGGUAUGCUCAUACAUGACCGUUCAGUUCUGAACGAUGUGACGUCCAUCACUUCCUUAUAUUUAAUGAACCAAGGUAUCGGAGGAGAAUUUACAGCUCCCACUCCUCUCGCUCUCUCCCUCUUUCCCUGUCUACCAUAUCCUCUGUUUCACUCUCCCUGUCUUUUUUCAUCUCUGUCGCUGCUCCUCCACCCACUAGCUUAAUUACCAGGCUUCAUAGUCAGUUUGCCAAGGCCUGAUUGCUCUGAACACUGGAGCUGAGGGAGGAGAAGAAGGGGGGAGGGGGGCACGAUAGUAGACUGCAAGCUUGCCAACACACACACGCACACAGCUCCAAUGAAGCACUGAGCCAAUUGGUUUGGGAUAACAUUGGGGAGAAUUAGGAGCUAGAUGGCAGAUACACAGAGGUAACUCUCCAUUGAACAGCUUAAUAUCGUUGAGACAUAAUGGACUGGUGAGCACCUGCUCUCAACACGCCGUCAGCUAUCCCACUGAAGGCGAACAGCGAUAGAGGAGCCGAGGCCGUCUUUUUGAAGGCUCCCCCUCUCCUCAAGGUUCAAACUCAUUGUCACCAAUUAAAAAGGACACAUCAGAGCAACGCUUUUGUCCUUUCACCAUGUCUCCAUUUGUGCACGCUCACAUUACGGUGUGCCUUUGUUGAUGACGCUCUUGUUUAAUCUCUGGAUAAAUACAAUUGCAUAUUUAAUUGGUCUUGUUAUCUCUGUCACAGUGACACCGGUGUGUGUCUGUCUACGGCAGUGAGACAUUGUCACUCAGUUUGGGGUCUUUGUAUUCAUUCUACUAAGUCAGUGCACUAAGGGAUUUCACUGGCUCUGUGGCCCCUAGCUAAUAAACAGGGAUGUGAUAAUGGGUUAGGGAAAGUGGAAUGUGGGGAUUGGCUUAGGGAUGGCUGGCCCUGGCCGUUCCGUACUGUACUGUGCAGGUCCUGAGGUUGCCCUGGCAACAGGAGGUUUGCUUUAGAAGGACAGUGGAACAUCGAUCAAAUAAAGACCCUGCCUUUUAUAACAGAUAAGGGGGAUAAAUGCCACUAAAGCAAUAGCUAUCUUAUUGAUGUGUGUGUGUGUGUGUAUGUGUGUGUGCCUGUUCGCAUUACUGCGAUGGAUUUCUCAUUAUUCCAUCAGGAGAGUUUGUGUCUUUGUCUGCCUCCUUAACUCAAUAUCGUAUGUAUAAUAGAAUUGUCUUGCAUAAACAAUGUUUGACUGAUGACAAGGACCCGGCGCACUCCUUCUCAUUUUCUACCUGUCUCUUUCUCUCUGUGUCUCUCUUUCACUCAUUGCUAAUCACUAAAUGCUAUUUAGAUUUUCUUAUAACGCUUCCUGGUUAAUUGAUCAGGUAAACCAGAGGCAACCAUUGUGUGCCUGCUCUUGAUAGCAAAAGAGUGUAAAUCGUUAUGCUUGAAUGGGGUGUAUAUGUUGACAUUGACUUGCUGUUGGGUGGCUGGUUGCACUAUGUUAACUGACUGUUGUUUUUGUGUUGAGAUUUACCGCCGCUGCUGGCUGGUGUUUAAGAAGUCGUCCAGUAAAGGACCACGCAGACUGGAGAAGUACACUGAUGAGAAGUCCGCUUACAUCAGAGUCUGUCCUAAGGUGACCGAGAUCAGCAAUGUGAAGAAUGUCACAAGGCUCCCAAGGGACACCAAGCGCCAGGCGGUAGCCAUCGUCUUUACCGAUGACACCUCGCGCAUGUUCACCUGUGAAUCAGAGCUAGAAGCAGAGGAGUGGUUCAAAACCCUGUCAAUCGAAUGCCUGGGGACCCGCCUCAAUGACAUCAGUCUAGGAGAGCCAGACUUGCUGGCAGCAGGUGUUCAGUGUGAACAUACAGAGCGUUUCAAUGUGUUCCUACUGCCCUGUCCUAACCUGGACAUCUAUGGGGAGUGUAUGAUGCAGAUCACCCAUGAGAAUAUCUACCUGUGGGACAUCCACAACCCUCGCACCAAACUGGUCACCUGGCCGCUCUGUUCCCUGCGCCGCUACGGACGAGAUGCCAUGCGCUUCACCUUUGAGGCUGGACGGAUGUGUGACAGUGGAGAAGGCCUGUACACAUUCCAGACGCGGGAGGGAGAACAGAUCUACCAGAGAGUCCACUCCUCCACCCUGGCCAUCGCUGAGCAGCACAAGAGAGUUCUGAUGGAGAUGGAGAAGAACAGCAGAUUGUCUAAAGGUUCUGAGACGGGCUCCUACCCCUGUACCCCCACGGCCAUCCUGCCCCGCAGUGCCUUUUGGCACCAUAUCACUGGCACUCAGGGGGGCAUGGACCCAGCCCAUGGUGACAUGUUUGGUGGUUCUCAGACUGGCGCUGAUGCAGACCUGCUCUCCACCCGGCUGCCCUCAGAGCCACGCCACGCUACCAUGCCCCUGGCACACAGCCAACACUCGCCCGUCCGCUACCCCACCUACCCCAGCCAGUGAUCCCAGGGGUGCAUUGCAGACCCCUAGCCUCCACCACACCCAUACUCUGUACCCGAACACUCCUCCCAUUCUCCUUUCUCUGCAGUGCUCACCUUGACUCCACGCCCCCUCAUCUACCCUCCAGCCAAUCAGGUUGGGGUGGGGUCAUAGGACCUCCCCUAAAGCUGGUAGCUCUGUGAAGCAGGACAUGACAGCGCCUCUGGUCUUCUCUUCAAAGGCUGGUUACCUGAAGGAACUUCAACCCCCAGAAUCCCUCACUGUGGGGUCAAAGUGCAUUGUGUGAGCCGGCAGUGGCAUGUUGCCUCUUAGUGAGCUGACAUUGUGGCAUGGUGCAUCUCUCUCUGCUCUGCUGUGGGCGUGGAGGAGGAACAUGAGGAGGAGGGGUGUGAGCUGUAAGGAUGUGAUUUAGUGGCUGUCCUCUCUUCUAACCCCUGUGAAAUCGUGUUUUCUUUCUGACGGGAUUCACCUCAACCCCCUUCGCGAAAGACCUCUACUUGUACCUCAUGCCAGCUCUUAGCAAAGUUCAAUGUUACGGGCUCAGGACGUCCCCAUAUAGCUCUUAUUGGUGGUCAGAACAGAAGGACCCCUUCCUACCAUCCAGCUCCAGCAUGAUAAUGAUUGUGGCGCUAGCUCCAACCCAUAACCUCAAUCUGACAGACACGUAUGUAAGACAACAGUUUCCUCGAAAGAACUGGCCUUGGCUUCCAAGUCUGUGUGUGUGUGGGUGGAAGAGAGACUGUCCCUGGACUAUCAGCCAACCAAACACCUGGUCUAAUUCCACAGAGAAUCAAUGGACCACUUGUCUUUCAUCUUUCUUUGAAUUUUUUUUUUUUUAACUUGUAGCAGACAUAACAACCUGACUUUGCCUUGUAUUCUGUUCUGUCUGAUAAAGAAAAUAGACAUAGAUUUUUCUGGGAGGA